AUGUUUAAGCACGGCCUCAUGAGCGUCUCAAGCAACGAUGGCGCACCGCUCCAAUCCCGCAGCGAUGAUCUGGAAAUCUCCUUGGCGUAUUCCGCCGGUGAGGCCACAGCGGGGGCGCUUCCGGAGAAAUUCCUGAAAUGCUUCCCACAAAUGGUUCGGGAUGUCUCCCUCUUUGGCGACAUUCCCCUGCUUUCAAUCACAUCGUGCCAAAGAGAGGCCCUCACCGCGCUGGUGUCCUCCUACGGACCUUCCUGUAUCGCCGUCGUUGCUGAUUCUGAAGGACGAUUCCACCUGCGCAGUGGCCCCGAGAACCCAUACCUGCCGGCUAUGCUCGCUAAGGAGUUGCGUUACCUGCACGACGAAGGCUCUAAAGCGCCAGAAGAUAAUCCACUCGUGCUAAAGUGGGCAUUUACAAAUCGUAGCGUACACCGCGAGGUGGUGACACUCCUGCAACUCCUCGCGCAGGACAUGGGUGUAUUCUGCGGGGAGAAGCUCUUCGACGGUGUGUAUCUGUAUCGUAUUGAGGUUGCUCUUCAUUACCUUCCGCAAUGGGAGGCGGAGAGGCGGAAAAUCCUUAAUCUCUCAGUUGAGGUUGGCGCCGAUCCUUUUCCAAUUCCAGUGCAGACGUUGCAAAACCCACGCUUAAUGGACAUGUACCGUAGAUGCGUACGCCCGUUUCUCUACGAGUGGAACUAUACCACAACACGGUGUGAUUUAAACAUUCGCCGGGAGCCUAAUGGUCAAGUGCCGAGGGAGGUGCGUGCUUUGGGUGCUUCCUUCUCGCUUCGACAUGAAGUUAACUCGUCGGGGUAUGCUUUUUUUCGGCGUUGGACGCGGCACCUUGUUCAGGUCUUUUCCAAGUACGCGGCCGAGUUGAAGCGACAGGAUUCUAAAGGUGUCGAAAGGACGCUGGCGAGUUAUGGCGGAGACCUUGACCUUGUAGAUGUAGAGACCACAACACCACAUUUUGGUUUCUUUACGUACUGCCUUGAGGGGCACUAUUUUCGCAAAGAUCUGGGGGAGCUCGAGGAACUCGCUCGCCGCACCGGGUACUAUAUGUACGUGUCAAUGGAAAAGGAUUUGGCGAUGGUCACAGCGACCGCGCGAGCGAGGCCAGCGCUGGGGGAGGGAUUUGUUCUGCUGUACCCAAAAGCAGGCAGCAAUCUGCAGAAAACUACAAAAUAUGAACCGCCAUCGUAUGAAGUUGCUGGUAUGCCACGCGGUAUGCCUCAGCAGACUAGUACGUAUCAUCAGUUACAACAAUGCAGUCCGAGUGGUGUCCAUAAGGGGGUACCACAAGCGGUGCCGGGACGAUGCGCUGAUGUUGUUCCUCCCAUGCAUUUUGGCGAGAAUAGUAGCGGUGAAAACAGCAGUGGAACCAGCAGCAGCAGCGACAGCAGUAGCGACAGCGACAGCAGCAGCGUGAGUGAAGACAGCCGUUGGAAGGCUCCAACGAAUACAACAGAGGUACGUGCUUCUCUGCCUCCAAUUCUUUCUGUCAUGAGAGAGAGUGAAAACAAAAGCAACUCCUCACGACGUCUUUCACUUGCUGCAAGCAGUCUAUACGACACCAUUGUGGGCCGGUUGCAGCGUAACUUGCCACCUGGGUGGAAUGUGCGGCUCGGUCCUGAUGGGAGGCGGUAUAUACUGGAUCACUUAAGGGGAAGGGCAUACGAUAGAGAUUCGCCGGUGAUAUCAAUGGAGUAUGCAGCGGCACAACGCGAGUUGUACAGGGUUUCGGACUCUUUGGCAUGA